ACGGAAAAAAAGAAAUUGAUUUUGUGGUGAAGAACAAUUUUAUAUGAUUUCUGAUUAUUUCUACAAAAGUUCAAUGAAAAAUGGUAUAUUACUGCUGUGUAAAUGGUUGCAAUAAUAAUAGUAAGAAGAGGGAUCCAAAUCAUGUUAUAUCAUACCACACUUUCCCUUCAAACCUUGAAGUAAAGCAGAAAUGGCUGCGAGCGAUCGGACGGCCUACCUGGGAGCCCCCGAGCUACACUCGCAUUUGCAGUGCUCACUUUGAUCAGGAGUAUGUCAACCAUGACAGCCACCGAGCAAGGCUCAAGGAUGAAGCUUACCCCAUUUAUAAUUUACCACCCAAUUCAAAUUUUGAGGCAACAGAUAUGGAAGUCUGCCGGAUAUGCCUUGACACUGACUCCAAACUUUACAGCCUCCAGGAAGGUCUGCUUAAAGAAUGUAUGGAAACCAUCACAGGCUUUAAUGAUAAAUAUAACAUAGAAGGUCUGCCUCGGUAUGUAUGCUACGAAUGUGCAGGACUACUGAAGAAGUGUUACAGGCUGGUGCAAAGGAGCUUGACAGCUCAGGCCACGCUGCUUGACAUUUUUGCUACUAAUGGACAGAUUACAAAAUCGCUAAUCAGGAAACAAGAAAGAGAUCAUUUGAACCUAAAAUCGUCAUUAGUGUCUCACACAACCACUCCAACAUAUUUAUUCGAAUUCAAAUAUGAUGAAGACCAACAAUAUUCGUGUCUAACUAAUAGCGAAUUUAUCAUACACUCAUAUGAGAACAAGACUGAAAUUAAUAAUACUAUCCAUAUACUUAAUAAUGAAUUGGUUAAUAGUGAUUUAGUUAAUAGUGAAAAUAAAGACUUUGUUGCUGUCGAAUCGGAUAUUAAGAAUGUGAUGAAAUCCGAAGUGAAAUGUGAAUAUUUAAGUGAUGAUGAUGUGAGAAAUGACGGUGCGGACAGUGACUCCACUAGUGAUAUAUGUUUAGCGGAACUUAGCGAUAGAAAGUAUAAAAAUAAUAGAAGUGACUGCGAAGUUGUUGUCAAAGAAAAUUGUAAGAAUAAGGUUAAGAAGAAAAUUGAUAGAAGUGAAAAGUCUAAAAGGACAUCUCUUGAUGGUUUUACUCCAGACGAGAUAAAUAUGCAGGAACAUUUCAAUAUUGUUAAACUAACACUCGAAGAACAAAUCGAGGACUGGAAGAAAACGGUGGAGAAUCGCCCAUGGAAAGCUGUGACCAAGGGUAGGGUUUACCAAUGUGAUAUAUGCCACAAGAUAUUCGCUCACAUCACGACGUAUCAGACUCAUCUAAUGUGCCACGAUCCGAGCCGAGGCAAUGUGGAAUGUUUGGUUUGCAAGCUGCGGUUCAAAAGCGAGUCUCAAAUGAAGACUCACGCCAAACGCUCGCACGGCAAGAAGUUUUAUUGCAAGGCGUGUCCUAAAGUCUUCAAUAACAGCAACAUGGCGAAGAAGCACCAGAAGCGGCACUCGGGCCACGUGUACGCGUGCGGCGCGUGCGCCUUCCGCUCGCGGCACGAGUCGUGCCUCAGCGCGCACGCGCGGGCGCAGCAUGCGCGCGCCGCCUGCGCCGCGUGCGGCCGGCCCGCGCGCGGCCGCCGCGGCCUGCGGCAGCACUGGGCCGCCGCGCAUCCCGGACUGCCGGAGCCAGAAAAUAUAACUAACACAGAAUACCGUUGUGAGGAAUGCAACUUGAACUUCAGUACAGAGGGCGCUCGGCGCGUACAUCUUCUUACUUCUGCGCAACACAGGAAGAAGACUGACAAUGGCACCACACUCCCACCAGACCCGUCUCUCAAGAACACGUGUAAAUCUUGCGGUCUACAGUUCACGUCGCAAAAGGAAAUGUUGAGCCACAGUCGCGAGCAACAUCCGCGCCACAAAUACAAGAAGAUAUGGCGACAACCGGGCGACAGUUACCCGACCAACUGCGAAUUUUGCGGCGUGACAGUGAAAACAAGAUGGGACCACUGGUGGCAUGUUCGUCGUCAGCAUCCCAAAGAGAAAGACUCGUAUAGGCGGGUGUACACCGCCGUCUGCGAGACCUGCGGCAAGGGAUUUCAGAGCCCGACGAAGCUGCGACUGCACGAACUCCGUCACGCGAGCCCCAGCGUGUCGUGCGAGACGUGCGGCCGGCUGUUCUACGACAAGUACACCAUGGCGCGCCACGCCGCCACGCACACGCAGCUGCGGCCGCACGCCUGCCCGCACUGCCCGCGGGCGUUCAAGGUCAAGGGCAACCUGCAGAGGCAUUCUGUUGUUCACACAGGCGCCACCCCAUUUGAAUGCACAAUGUGUGACAAGAAAUUCAAGCACGCGACCAGUUUGACCGUUCAUGUGCGCACCGUACAUUACAAACUGCCGCCUCCGCCGCGCAAGAAGCGGGGCCCGAGGAGACCUAAGAAUAGAAGCGAUAUCAACAGCGAUAUGUGA